AUGCCCUCUCAAGUUCCAACUCCUUCCCCCUGUAACACAGGCCAGGAGGGGCCAGCUGGCAGCAUGGCUCCUGUGAUCCAUGGCAUGCUGCUGGCGCAUCCAACGGCUGAGAAGCCUCAAGAGCUGGAGUGGGACGAUCUGAUUGGUCGGAUCGAGGCGGAGAUUGAGAAGCCCCAGGCGAGCUCGUGUGUGGAUAUUGAGUCGUCUUCGAUCGCGAGGCAGGACAGCCAGAUAGUGACAGGCAGUGAAGGGGCCGUCCCUCCAAGCGAUUCUGCAGCUCUCAAACGCGAGGCAGGCAAGGGCAAGGCAAGGCGGGUGGUGCAGAGGAAGCGGCCGGCCAACAGCACAUCCAAGUUCAGAGGGGUGACCCACCACUGCCGCACAGGGCGGUGGGAGGCCCACAUCUGGGAGGAAGGGCGGCAGGUGUAUCUGGGAGGAUUUGAUUCUGAGAAGCAGGCAGCGCUGAUGUAUGACAUAGCUGCACUCAAGAUGAGGGGUGAGGACGCACAGACAAACCUACCGCCUGAGGAGUAUACCAAGUACACCAAGGAAAUAGAGGCUGUCCCAAAGGAGGAGCUAAUUCUGCUUCUGCGGCGUCAUAGCAAGGGCUUUGCUCGAGGAACCUCUAAGUAUAGAGGGGUGACCAAACACCAGAAGGGUCGGUGGGAGGCUAGGAUAGGGCAUGUUGAGGGGAAACGAUACGACUACCUGGGGUUGUUCGACACUCAGGAGCAAGCUGCCAUGGCUUAUGACAGGGCUGCUGUGAGGCAGAGGGGCCAGCAAGCAGUCACCAACUUUGAUCUGGCCAUGUACGCAGAUGACAUUCGCGAGUUCAACCUCAUGGCGCAGCGCCUACAACAGCAGAGGGCGAUCCAAGCGCACUCCACCGUUCUUCACCACACUACCAGUGCUUUCGAGCAGAGGGUUUUUGACGCGACGCAACAAGCAAGCAGCGGUAUUGAGGCGAGGAGCAGCGGGGUGGAGCAGCACAGGAGGGUGCACUCUGAGCCUAGCAUUCGCUCUGGCUUGCUGCAGUAUCCCCAGAUUCCGCAGUUCCACCACCUCCCCUGGUCAGGUGCCUUUUCAGGUAGUGUCCUUCUGUCUCCCAGUAACCCUCUUCCUCCUGUUGCCGUCAAAAGUAAGUAUACUGCUGCUGCUAGCAACACACUAGUACCUGCUGCUGCCAAUGCUUUUCACGGCCUCAGCAGCAGUAGUAGCGGUGGAAUGGGGAUGGACAGAAAGGGGAGCGGUGGGAUAGCUGCUGUCGACCUCUCUGGGUUCACAGGUCGUGGUGGGUUCCCUGCAGCUGGGCUUUCAGCCUUCACACCACCUGCUUCUAAGCUUGUACCUCCUGGUUCCGGCCUCACACUACCUACCGCGCUCACAGCACCUACAUGGCUGAGAGCACCAGGUCCUGAUGGAGGCGUAACAGCACAUGGUGGUGGGAUGGCUGGAGAAAAUGGUGGGAUGGCUGGAGAAAAUGGUGGGAUGGCAGCAGGUGCUCUGCGUGGGCUGUCAUGUCCUUCACAGCCUGGAUUUGCUACUGCAGGAAAAGGUGUGACGCCUUGUGCUGCUGCUGCCGCUGCUGCUGCUGCUGCUGCCACGAGGGAGCAUACCAGCCAUUGCUGCCAUCGUCCCGCCUUGAGCGGUUCAGCAGAGUGA